CUCUUCAAAUCAACACCUUUAAACCAGCGGAUCGCUCCGCGCCUCGCGCGUCAGCAGGCGAAGGCACAGUACAUGUUUUGAUUCCCGAUUGCGAAAAGCAAAGUGGCUUGGUUGGGGUGGAUCCUGGAUGGAAGGAGGCGAUGGAAUGGGUGUCUGCCGUGGACGGUGCGUCUUCCUAUCCGUGUUGUAAUGAUAACAGGAUUAGGACAACUGGACAAGCCACCUGAGACUCACCAUCAACAGCAUUGUGAGUCGCAGUGAUCAAAGACCUGGCCAUGAAUGAGGAGACCAGGACGUGUGACUGACCGAGGAAGCUUUGACAACACAACUUCUGACGAAAGAACAAUGAUGCGUAUCCAGGGUGGAACUGACUGUUAGCCUGGUAACCAUCGCUAUGGCGUUUUGCAAUGGCAGCCUGCUGGCUAGGUGUGCCCCCCUGAUGGAGCUGGAAGAGGAGGAAGGGGUGGUGAUUUCACCACCACCGCAGCCGCCGCCAGGGGUCGGGACUACUAGUCCCCUCAUGCCUGUCACCCUGCGUGUGACGCUGGCCGCUAUCAUGAUCUUCAUGAUCGCCAUCGGUUUCCUGGGCAACGCCAUCGUGUGUCUGAUCGUCUACCAGAAGCCCGCCAUGCGUUCCGCCAUCAACCUGCUCCUCGCCACACUGGCGUUCUCUGACAUCAUGCUCUCACUGCUCUGCAUGCCCUUCACCGCCGUCACCGUGGCUACCGCCGACUGGCGCUUCGGGGGCGGGUUCUGCCGUGCUUCCGUCAUGCUCUAUUGGCUCUUUGUCCUGGAGGGCGUGUCCAUCCUCCUCAUCAUCAGCGUAGACCGUUUUCUCAUUAUCGUUCAGCGGCAGGACAAGCUGACGCCACACCGCGCCAAGCUGCUCAUCGUCGCUUCCUGGGCGCUGUCCCUCUGCGUGGCGCUCCCGUCCGUGAUCGGCUGGCGGGUGGGCACAGCAGGUGUGACGGGCAUCGGUGGGGCCUGGGCGCCACAGUGCGUGCUGGGCUACAGUGAGUCGCUGGCCGACCGCUGCUACACGGUGCUGCUGGCGGUGGCGGUGUUCUUUGUGCCGUUCGGCGUCAUGCUCUACUCCUACCUAUGCAUCCUCAACACGGUCCGCCGCAACGCCCUGCGCAUCCACAACCACACCUCUGACCAGGCCAGCCUCCCGGUCCUCAACCAGGUCAGCAAGCUGGGCCUGACCGGCCUGCAACGGCCCCCGCAGGUCAACGUGGACAUGAGCUUCAAGACGCGGGCCUUCACCACCAUCCUCAUCCUCUUCAUCGGCUUCUCUGUGUGCUGGCUGCCCCACACUGUGGUCAGUCUGUUGGCCGUGUUCAGCCGGAGGUUCUACUUCAGCCCUGCCUUCUACCCGGUCAGUGUGGGGGCUCUGUGGCUCAGCUACCUGAAGACUGUGUUUAACCCCGUCAUCUACUGCUGGAGGAUCAGGAAGUUCCGGGAGGCGUGUCUGGAGUUCAUGCCCAAGAGCUGCAGGCUGUGUCCCAGGGUGCCAGGCCGGAGCCGCAGGAGGGUGAGACCCAGUAACAUCUACGUGUGCGGUGAGACCCAGUCGGCUGUGUGACAGUAACAUCUACGUGUGCGGUGAGACCCAGUUGGCUGUGGGACAGUAACAUCUACAUGUGCAGUGAGACCCAGUUGACUGUGUGACAGUAACAUCUACGUAUGCAGUGAGACCCAGUUGGCUAUGUGGAACUAACGCUCACUCUGAGGACACGCUCUGGUAACAGUGGAAAGCAGUGGUCACCAACUCUGGUCUUGAAGCUACAGGGUGGUCCACUGGUGUAAAGGACCUGCUAUACUCUCUACACGAUUUGUUAAGACAUCAACAUUUCAUCAGAAUAGACGGCUUGCUGCUGAAACGUUGCUGUCUUUUGACAGAUUAUUUGCAUCGGCGCAAUAGUGGCGAGUACAUUCUUGUGUUCUGUGUAAAGUGCGGUUGACACUGGACAGCCGUGAACAGAGGCACUCAAAAGUCUUUAUUUCCCUUCUUCUAAAAAAAAGACAUGAAGAGAAAUGAUGCACAACUGGGAACAGUGUUUUCUAUUGAACCGUUUCCCUGGUGUUUGUAUAAUUGGCUGAGUACUGUUGGUGAUCGUUUACCCAGAUGGUUGUUGUAUAUGUCUAAUUAUACUGUAUGUAAAUGAAAACGUUGGAUAAAAUUGUAAAGAAAUGUUGAACAAUAUAAAAAAAAAAAUGUUUCAGUGAA